GUGAUCCCGUAUCUGACCAUUGCAAGAGAGAUAAUUGAUCACAUUCUAAAGAAAAAAUCGAACCAUAUUUUCAAUAUCACACCCUACGGAAUCAUCUUUCCCGAACUCCAGCAGUCUCGUAAACCAGAUCACCGUACGACAACGUUUUACCACCAGAUCACAAACGACAGGUCCCAGUCGAGAGACUAAAAGAAACCCCGAUCGUUUGUGAGACAAGAUCGGAAGUACUUUUCAACGAAAGCAACCGAGAGGAAACGAAAUUUUAGAAACUCACAGUUCAUCACGGUGCGAAUGAUCAUUAUUUCUAAUAUCGACCUAGUUCAGACUACACAACAAUAAAAUGGCUUUCCGUUCGACGAGCACAAAAUUAAUGGCUGGUGUAUCCAGAUCGAAAAACUUUCGACUGACUCUGGAACAAUUGCGUAUUUACAAAAAGGCAGGUACUAGUGUGAAUGUGUCGUUGUCGUUGAUACAAGCUACAAGCAAUUGAUGUGUCAGGAGUACAAGACAUGGGUUGAUUGCUUUUGAUUGCGCCACUAAACUUUUUAUAAGAAUGAAUGAAUCAUUCUCACGGAUGCGUUUCACUGUUUUUCCUUCCCUCUGUAUCUCCCCAAACGUUCGAUACCAAUUCCAACACAGCAACCAAAAAGCAAAGUGAACCCAUGUGCCGAUGUCAUGAUGAGAUUGAUUAAUGCCCUGGAGGCUUCGGAAGUAAGUUGAUUUUCUUCAAGAAUGAAAAAUUCUAUCUUUGAUCAAAUGCAUGCAUUUUAUGUUGUUUAUUUUUAACCCUUCCUUUUGAACAACUCUGCAUUUGAAAUAUAUCGUGCAUUUCGAUUCUGUCGAAAACGGCCAACGCUAAAAAAAUGUGUAUGGCAGGGAAGAAUCAACGGACCCGUUUACAAAUAUGUGAAGGACGUGGAAGAAUGUUGUAAGAAGGCAAAUGCAGAACAGCAACGAUCAGGGAAGGCCGGAACUUUGUAUUAYUUGUCUCAAUAUCUAGACUUGCAGAAAUUCAAGAAAAAAUAAUGAAUAAUCCAUUUGAAAUUUGCAAACUACACACGAAUAGACGAACAGAAAGUGAUGUUUUACAAAGUCUAACGGACAGCCACCGCAAUGUUUCCGUCCCGCCUAGGUCAUUACUACUACUGUCGAUCAAAUGCAUAGUCGAGAUCUGAAUUUUUWUUGUCGUUGUCAUUCGCACGAACGGAAAUGUGGGCUCCACUCUUUCAUCUAAUCAUUUUGCGGCUGCACUCUCUUUAGAAAACACGAGUCUUAUCCUGAAUUACUUCACUACACAUCACUUAAAGUCCUUCCGUGAGAAACAAUCCAUCUCCCAAAGAAUGCGCCAGCUCAAUUCCGACUCCCUUAUUCUUUGAUCGUCUGCAGAAUGAAUACAUUCCACGUAACCAUUUUUAUCACGAUGAUUAGAUAGAACAACAGUUGAAUUCAGAUGAGAAUAAGCUUGUGGACCAGUAGAUUAAUGAGGACUAGACCAUUCACAAUUCACUUGUCACUUCAAAAACCGAUACUUACAUAUCGACACUACUCAUUUUCAUAACACCUAUAGCAAUCGCGUGUUCUUUUCCUUCCGCCCGUAUUACUACUCCAUCGCCUUUCGACAAACCAGGCAAAUCGAAACCUUGCUCAUCCUGUUCUUCUCCAUCUGGUGGCAUGUAACUUUGUCCGGUUUUUGUCAAUCCCGGGCACAUGAUAUUCGCUCCCCCAAGAAUGAAAGGAAUCGCUCCCUUGUCGACCGUUACACUUGUGAACUCUAGAGUUGGGUAUUUGUGGAUGGUUCGCAACGUCGGCAGAAUGGGACCGUCUCGGUGCUGGAAAAACACAGGUUCAUCGGAAGGGGUAGCGCCUUCUUCUGCAUCACCUUUCUUGCAGUAAAGCAUCAUGUGAGGUCCGACCUUGUAUUGAACGAGCGGAGGCUUUUUGGGGAGGAGCACGUCCAGUUCUUCAUCGGUUAUUUUGGGGUUGGCGCUGGCGAUGCCAGCCUUGAUCCCGCGUUGAACCGACGCCUUGACCUGGGACGACGUGGAUACUUCUGAUCGGUCAAAUGUUUUGAACAUGAUGUUUUGAUAUUGUGUAGCGCAAUUGGAACCUGCCUCGUUUGACUUGCCUUUUCCUUCACCUCUAUCUGGCCACCCAUCAAUUCGUCACAACAGAUGCCCAGUAGCGAUGGCGAUAGCAUAUCACCGGGUAAACGAGCAAACACCACUACAUGCCGUGCGGUAAAAGGGUAUCUCAAAUAGGAACUUUCAGCCCCAUAAUAUGGAAAAAGGGGGAACAUUAAAACAAAAUGUUCAACGUACCGUACCCAAUAUUAUAUAUGGUAUACAUACGUACUUACGCAGCACUGAUAAAUGAUAUGUAGAGUUCAAAGAAAAAAGAAAUACUACCGGAUAAGGAGGUACGAAUUACUUCUGUAAUAAGUAAAAGCAAAUCACUAACAAUUCUACACGCUAGUUCCAAGCAGACACAAUUCUAGAAACCCAUCAAAUCGCACCACCGAUACCUGAAAAUUUACCUCAUUCAACCAUCAUCAGUCCUUGGAAAUUUUUUUUGAAUGCAUCCAUUGUCGACUGAAACAGAAGAAAACAAGCAGGACGGGUGAUGGUUUUUUACAUCUUAAAUUGGUUCUGGUUUACGUUUUAUUAUAGUAGUGGUAUGUAUUGAAUUGAGAAGCUCAGAAAUGGGGCUGUGAAUCGUCGCCGUUCACAACUAGCUUUGUGGUUUCAUCUGGUUCCGCACAGAUUUCACAACUUCUGGUAGUAUUUUCAUCUUCUUCGACAUACACCGUUUUCAGUUCACCGACAUCGAUUUCCAGCUGCCGACAAGCUACGUACAGCACGACCCCCGCAGCUAUACCAUAUUCAACC